AACGAACUUAUAGAAAAGAACAAAUAAUUGUAUUGUAAAAAUUUUGAAUUUGUCCCAAUUCUAAAGUUUGGUAUUUUGAGUAAUAAAAAUCAAACAAAAUCAUGUAAAAUCUAAAAUUUAAAACUCUAUUUAACGGGAAAUAUCCAAAGGUCAACACUGUCCACCAGCAAGUAGAUAACCCUGAAUUGUGAUUCAGAGGGAUUUACAAGUAAACAAAGAACGAAAUUAAAGGAAAACCAAAAUAAAAUGUCGAAAUCAUCAAAAUCGGGUCCUCCAACUGGGGAAAGUGCCCCCGCGUACGAUUAUAGCAGUUCCGGGCAGUCCAUGGCCAUGAGAGCUCCUCCGCCAUCUUACGAGGAGAGCCAGCGGAGUGGCGGUGCCGUUGGAUACCCGCAACCAGGAGCUGUUCCUUUAAGCAAUAAUCAAUACUACGGGAUGAUAAGCCACCAUCAACAGCAGAUGCCAUUUAACGGGCAGCCACAAUACGGAAUGCAUCAUGGAACUGGUUUCGGCCUGGCUGGGCCCAGUACAUCUGCAGGAGCAGCUGCGUCGCAAGUCCUACACUUGGACUCUCGCGCCGAGGUGAGGACCAAUGCCGCCGGAUCCGUAGUCAUUCCGCCACCGCCGCCUGGUUGCCUGCCAACCCCAGCUCAGUGGGCGGCCAUGCAGGGCCAGCCCGUGGUCCUCAAGCAGAAGAAGCGUUCCUUCUUCUAGGAUUACUGCAGAUCUACCAUUCAUUCGAAUACAUAAUCCUGUUACUCUCUAAAUGUUCUAAAAUUAAACGAUGCGACUAGA